CUUGGAGAAUCAUAUCUUCGCUGUACAAUUGUCCAAAAAGAGAAAGCUGUGAUUACUUGGCUGUCAUCAAUUCGCUCUGUGAUUUUAAUUUCCUAAAUAAAAUAUAUAAAAUUGCAAUCAAACUAAUCAAUAAGUUAUUAGGAUUAAAGUUUAACUCAAAAUAUUCCUAUAUUUUAAUCAGAUCCAACUCGUGUGGGGUACCACCUUUAAGCGUAAGCUAACUACUCAAAUUUUCAGUAAUUUUUUUGUCAUUAGCUUUGGUUCCUCCCUUAUCGAUCGCAGAAUUUCCGUCAUUCAAUCUCUGUCCCCCGGCGGUACAAUUCAUCCGACCGCAGAUUCCCGGAAUCGUAUUCUCCGAUCCGGUCCCAUCCCAAAAUUUUAUAUUUGGGUUUAGUUUCAAUUUGGGUGUUUUAGAAUGGCCUCCAGAAGGCGUAUGCUUCUCAAGGUCAUCAUCCUCGGCGACAGCGGGGUUGGCAAGACGUCGCUCAUGAACCAGUAUGUGAAUCGCAAGUUUAGCAACCAAUACAAAGCUACCAUUGGAGCUGAUUUCUUGACCAAAGAAGUUCAGUUUGAAGAUAGAUUGUACACGUUGCAGAUAUGGGAUACAGCUGGUCAGGAGAGGUUUCAAAGUCUUGGGGUGGCAUUUUACCGUGGAGCAGACUGUUGUGUUCUUGUUUACGAUGUUAAUGUCAUGAAAUCGUUCGAAAAUCUUAACAACUGGCGUGAGGAAUUUUUGCUACAGGCUAGCCCCUCUGACCCUGAAAAUUUUCCAUUUAUUGUUUUGGGAAACAAAGUGGACAUUGAUGGUGGCAAUAGUCGAGUGAUUUCUGAGAAGAAAGCUAAGGCAUGGUGUGCCUCCAAGGGAAAUAUACCUUACUUUGAGACAUCAGCAAAAGAAGGAUUCAAUGUGGAAGCUGCUUUCCAGUGUAUUGCCCGAAACGCUCUCAAAAAUGAACCUGAAGAAGAAUUGUGAGUCCACUUCACUGAAUCUAAACUUCACUCUUGUAAUUCUACUUUUGGCUUUCCCUUUUAUUUCUCAACUUCUCCUGUAAUUCAUGAAUCUUAUGAGUUCUUCAGGAUUAGUGUUUUUCUUCUGUCAUCGGACUUCUGACUUCUCAACUAGGUUGCUAUAGUCAAUGUGACAAGUGUUGUCACUGAUGGAUGUAAUCACUAAUACAAAUACAUAACACCACUUGUGUGUUGGCAUAAAUGUGAAAGGAGAAGAUUAACUUCUCUUCAUGUUGUCUUAGUGUUUAUUGGCAAGUAUACAAUCUUCACAACUUCAUCAUUGCCUAUUGAGAUGAGAUGGCAUAAUAUUUCAAUUUCAUUGACGAAGUUAGGCUGUAUCUGGAUUCUCUAGAAAACUGCUGUUUGCAAUUUGCUGUAAGAGAAUGCACUUAUUUACAUUCUGAUUGCAUCUUUUGAAUACUGCAGAUACCUUCCGGAUACCAUUGAUGUCUCUGGCGGACAGCAACAAAGAUCUACAGGCUGCGAAUGUUGAUAGGACAUGGAGUUGGGGUUUCUUUUUUUUCCAACUGGAAAAUUGGAUUUCCCCUAAUCGGAUAUCUUCAACUGAAUGAGUAAAAUCAUUAGUGUUGGUCGGGGUUAUACAUUUUGAUUAUUUUAUCUGCAUUCUGCAACUUUUAAAAUGUAACUUAUGGGGGUUUGAUGUUUCGUAACUAUCCUGUGAGUCUGUGACUAUGAAUAUUGGUGAUCAGUGUUCAGUUCUUUGUAAGUCUUGAAAGGCAGCAGAAACCCGUUUUUUUGCCAUGUUAGAGCGAUGAUUACUUUAUUAAUUACCCCGUGCAAGAUUUUCCCAGAUUUUGGAUAAUUUGUCCGAACAUCUGCAGAAAAAAAGCUUGAUAAGAAUUGUCCCAAAAUUUUCUCAAUUCUUGGAAAUGAGAAACUAUUUGCCUUG